AUGGCUCAACAACAAGAUACUUCGUUAUUAACGCCUUCAUCACCACACAAUCAUGACGAAAUUAUUCGCUCUUUAGAGAAGAAGGUGAAAUAUAAUUCAAAAUCGGAAAUGGAAUCAACCAGUAACCAAAAUCAUAAUCCAAUAUUAUUUCCAGUAUUUUCCGAAAAGCCUCAAUCCUAUCACGCCAAUGGAACGUGGAGAACCAUUGACGGAUUCUAUCCAAUAUUUAAUGAGCAACCCAUGAAAAAACGUGUUAAUUAUCUAUCAGAAUCUACUGUUACUAGAUAUAUUCUUCGAAAAUUACUACAACAACCAAAGUAUGGACAUGCAAUUCAUGAUUUCAUUAAUCUCAUGGACGUUGGAGAGGAGAAUAUUUUGGUAGACCCAAAUUCUGCAGUAAAUAUGAAUGACUAUUUACCUGAUGGAAUCGACAAGUUAGACAAUGUGCACAUACGAGGCGCAUUGAAGAUGGAUCUUUCAUUUAAAAAAACUAUUUUAAAAGAAUUCUACUUUGUGUACGGUGCUGUAACUAUUCGAGAUGGAAGAUAUUUUCUACAACGAGAAAAUCUCUUGUUCCUUGAGGGAGUGUACUCUAUUUACACCAACAGAUUUUAUUUCAUUUUGAAGCCUAAAAAGUUUCUGUUCUACAAGAUGCCAACCUUUCUGGAGCAAGCUCUCAUGAAUGAUACAUUUCUCUUUCAUGGAGAAGCAGGUGCUCAACUUGCGUAUUACUCAUAUGUUACACAUUAUCUUGGAGAUUUGAAAGAGUUAGGUAUUAGACAUGACCAUUACUACCACUAUAGUAGCCAAUCUGAUGUCAGUGACAAAUCAUCUAAAAAAGAAAGUUGUGUGUAUCGAGGGUUAGGUGUUGGAAGAAUUUCUGCAGACAAAUUUGUAGUGCAAGACAAUAGAAAUAUGAUGAAUCAGAUAUUUGAAUGGAGCGUUUCAGGAGUUAUUUCCAGUGUCAACUGCGAUCACACUAUAAUAUUCACACAAACAUUUCAUGACAAUAUUAGUUUCACUUCUGAACUUAAUUCGUUCCUGCAAGUUGGAACGAUCCUUUGCAUAUUUCUUAUUUUUGGAUUGUUCAGACAAAUCAAAUUCACACGAACAAGAUCAGCAGCUACAAGAGUGUCUAUUUUAUUUGUGGGAUUUACUUCAACUCUUUCAUUCAUUACUUUUUCAGCAUCGCUGGUGUUUGUAUUGAAUUUCUAUGAAGUUUUUACGAGCGCCAUUGCACUUUCAUUUAUGAGUUUUAUUUAUUUGACAGCCAGUAUUCAGUACAUGUUAUUUAUUUGGAAGUCACAUCACCCUAAUCACUACGAAAAUAUUAUUAGUGCAUCUGUGCACAUGAGAAAAUUAUUCUUUUUCUUUUGGGGAUUCUCAAUGUCAAUACUCUUCGGUGGAUAUUACAUCUCUCAUGUUCAUCCCAAGCUAAUUCAAUACUUGAUAUUUUUCAUCAUGUCAUUCCUUGUCCCUCAAAUAUGUGUCAACGUAAUUUAUAACACGAGGAAGUCAAUUGACUUUUUCUAUUUAACAAGCCUCAUAAUCUUUUGCUCUUCAACCAUUUUAUAUUUUGGAGCUAGACCAUCAAACUUUCUUGAAUUUCCCACUAACACUACACUCUGUUACACCUUAAUAAUUUAUUUAUUUAUUCAAGUUGCAGCAUUGCUAAUUCAGUAUCUUGUUGAUCCUCGUCUCUCCAUUUUGACGACCCAUUUAUUUGGAUUUAUGCUUCCACCAAAAUAUAAUUACCAUCGACCAAUUCCAAUGUCUGUUAUCGAAGAAGGAGAAUGCAAAUGUGUGAUAUGUAUGUCUGAAAUUGAAAUUCCAAAUCAAGCCGUAUCAGAUUCAGCAAAUGUUCCCUUAGAUGCCACAAAGAGUAACCAGUCGAACGAGUGGACUGCUUCAAAAGAUAUCAUGGUCACACCUUGUAAUCAUGUGUUUCAUACCAUUUGUUUGGAGCGUUGGAAAGAAUACAAACUUGAAUGUCCACUCUGCAAGAAAGAUUUGCCCAUUUUAUAA